AACACGUAUCCUGAUUGGUUGUUACACUUCCCCAUCUGUUUUUGAGCGCUUCCCCUUUUCUUGUUGAUCAUUUAGUCAUGAGACUGAUUUUAUGUGGUUUUGCUCUCAGAGCAUGUCUAAACUAUAAUUGACCAAUUCAUCCUUUUUUGCGUUUGAAGUCGAGAUACGGCGUCUUCAUCCUAACAUGCUGCUGUUCCUCACUGUGAUCAGCCAUGUUUCCAUGGCAACCUCAUCUUCUUUCCAGCUGCCCUUCUGGAUUGUAUGGAACGCCCCCUCUGCUGACUGCCUUUCCAAGUACAACGUGGAUCUUGACCUGGGAACGUUCGGCAUCGGCCAGAACCAGAACCAAACCUUCAUGGGUGAAAACAUAACCAUCUUUUAUUCAGAAAAACUGGGUCUGUAUCCCAGGUACAGCCAAGGGAAGGCGGUUUAUGGCGGGGUGCCUCAGAACGCCAGUCUGGACGAUCACCUGAGUGUUGCCAGAGAGAAUAUCAGUGCAUAUAUCCCUGACAAGGAUUUCCAAGGCUUGGCUGUGGUGGACUGGGAGAGCUGGAGACCUGUGUGGGAGAGAAACUGGGACACGAAGCAGGUGUACUGGGAAGGAUCGAAAGCCCUCGUCAGGUCUAGGCAUCCAGACUGGAAGCCUGCACAGGUGGACGCUUUAGCCCACGCAGACUUUGAGGUGGCGGCUAGAAAGUUCAUGGAGGAGACGCUGAAACUGGGCCAGAAGGAGAGGCCUGGCGGAUUGUGGGGUUUUUAUGGCUUCCCCGGCUGCUAUAACUCUUACAAAAACACCAACUACUCAGGCGAGUGUUCGGCCGUGGAGUCCAGGAGGAACGACCAGCUGGCGUGGCUAUGGAACGUCUCCUCCGCUCUCUAUCCCGACAUCUACCUAAGCUUGGAGCUGCGAGGCCUCAGCAAGGAAGUGUCCCUCUACGCUCAUUACCGCAUCCUGGAGGCCAUGAGGGUCGCAGCUCAGGCAUCCCGGCACGCCCCACCUGUCAUCCCCUACGCUUGCAUCGUCUACACUUACACGCUGGAGUUUCUCUCACAGGAGCAUCUUAUUGACACCAUCGGAGAAAGCGCCGCCUUGGGAUCUGCAGGUGUGGUGCUGUGGGGGAACAACAAUUUCUCCAGGUCUAAGGCAACUUGUGAUACCAUCAAGUGGUACGUCGAUAACACUCUAGGUCCGUAUCUGGUCAACGUCACCUCGGCCGCCGUCCUCUGCAGCCAAGCAGUAUGCUCCUCAAGGGGGAGGUGCGCCAGGAAGGACCCCAAGUCGCGGGUCUACCUCCAUCUGGACCCCGCAUGGUGGAAGGUGGUGGCCGCGAGGAAAGCAGAAGGCGGGCGGAGCUACGCCGUGAUGGGACGAGUCAGCGCACAGCAGGUAAUGCGCAUGAAGGCCCAGUUUGAGUGCAGGUGUUACCCAGGCUGGGCUGGGGAACGCUGCUCCACGCCCAACAGCAGAUUCUUUUAGAUUUGACUUUUAUUUUAUACUUUGACACAAGUCUUUUAGAAUGAAUGCAUUGGUUGCCAUUGUAACAUCGCCACAUAAGCCAAGUGUGUAAUCAAAAUGCUUUUGAAGCAAGAAUAAAACCCAAAUCCAACAUUUUUGAAAGGAAAUGAAAAGCUCUUAUUGUGUAGUAUUGUUGUCUAUCAACAGGGGGGGCACUUCUACAGCUAAUGGGCGCUUCAUAGAGGUCAAGUACUCUGAAGACCAAGUCAAUACUUGCUCAUUUUACAGCAGUUACACACAAUAAAAGGACUACAAAAGAGAAAAAAAUGGCGACCUUGGUGGAUUCAGUGGUGCUGUGAACAAUCUCGUAUUGUUUUUUUCCUGUCACUUUGAUUUUUUUCAGUCGUUUCGAAAAAAGGCUCCCACUGUGUACAUUCCAUCUUUUUUGGAGGGUUUUGAAAGUGACGAGAAGAUUUAUUUUUCUUGCUACAAAGUGAAUUUUGAAACGAUUUGUCUUAUUUACAGCAUAACCACUAAUGAUUUUAUUUUUUGAUUGUGCUUUGCUGAUUUGCAGAUUUUUUACAAACUUUAAACUGAUUUCACAAUUUACUCUGUUCCUGUAAUUAUAUUAAGGAGUUCAUGAGAAAGUGGAACCAAAAACUGGGUUCUCUUUGAUCGCAUGUAGAUUUAUCAACAUGUAUCUUGUGCAACACAACUAAUGUUGUAUCGGUGCUAAAUUUAUUACGGGAUGGCUCGGCAGCUGGUGGAGGGACCCUGUAGGAUGCAGAGACGGCAGGCGACGUGCAGUAAAAUGUUCUUUAAUUGGGAACAACCGAUGGAGCCCAACCGCUGUCAAGUCAGUGGACUACAGGUUACAAAUAACAAGGCAAAGACAGAUGCUAAAACGCUAAACCAAAGUAUGUAUCACUGCCAUACUGUAGAAAGAUUUGACACGAUGUAAAAGAAGGUCCUUUUUUUUUAUCUACUUUUGAAUAUUUUAUCUUUUCUUUAACUGACUUUUUAUAUUUGACUGUUUUACCUACUUUUUACCUUCUUUUACCUUUUCUUUUUUAUGGCUUUUAACUUUUUAACCUGUUUUACCUUCUUUCAGUUAUUUUUUUUAACCAAUUUUAUAUAUUUUACCUACUUCUUACUUUUUUUUUUUUACCUUUUUCAAUUAUUUUUCUACCUUUUUAACAUACUUUUUACUUUUUUUAAUUUCACCUUUUUUAAUGUACUUGUUACCUUCUUUUAAUUUUUACCUUUUUAAACGUACUUACCUUCUUUUACCUACAAUAAUCUACUUCUUACCUUUGUAGCGGUUGCUUUAAUGAGAUGAUUGACCACACCCGUUUACUUGACUUUGCUGUAACUUUUUGCUGCCAUGCUUCUAUAUUGCACAUAGCAGUGUUGGGAGUUGGUUAUCAUUCAAUUUUGCAGUCAAGAGCGAAUAAUUCCGUGCGGUCUCUUAAAAUGACCGUUAAAAUUUUAACCAAGGGUGCUGAUUUGUUUUGAACGCCAUUUUGAAUUGCUGAUGUUGCAAGUUGAUGUUUGAUUAAACGCCACACUCGUUUGUGUGUCAAAGAUA